AGUGUUACCACUUGAUAAGUGCUGUUGACGAAAAUUGUUUCCUUUUUGACAAUUUAUAAACAUAUUGCGUUUUUUUAGAGAGAUUUAUACCUACUUCUAUAAAACCAUAUGUUUUCGCCUUUUGAAUUUAUAUAGAACAUCGAAGCUCCUUGCUUAUCAUUUUACUGUUUUAUCGUAUCAAAAUAUUUCAAGAUUAUGGACAGACACAAGACCUUACUCAAAGGGUGAAUUGUUGUUAUAAAUGAAACAAACUGCAGUGUAUGGAAGACUCAGAGAUGCCAGUGACAAGGUUUCACCCAUACCAUGGGCUUAACAUCAGUCUAGAAAGUGACGACCAAGUCGCUUGCAGGACAACCAGCUUUGCUCAUGCCUUGACAUUCAGUGAAAAGCCACUAAAACCUGGAGAAGUGUUCUUAGUAGAAAUCGAAAAGAAUGAGAGAGGAUGGAGUGGACAUCUUAGAAUAGGGCUCACACAGUUUAAUCCAAAUGAAAAGUUUGAGUUACCGCAAUAUGCAUUACCGGAUCUUGCCAAUAUGGGUAGGUCCUGGAUAUCAGCAAUCACAAAAUCAUAUAGUAGGCCUUUCAACCAAGACAGUGAUCCUGGGACGUCUGAACCGUAUCAGUCUGUGUUAGGAGACUCUGAAAUAAUUCAUACUCCACAGGGAUCAUUUAAUCGAAGCCUUUUGUUACCAUUAAACCGGCUUAAUAAUUACACAAAUGUAUACUCACAUGUAAGUAAACGAGAACAGGACCAAAUUCUUCCCACAGACAUUGGGAGUCGUAUAGGUAUCAUGUACCAUGUUGUGGACAAUUGUGCGGAAAUGCAUUUUAUCAUCAAUGGGGAGGAUCAAGGUCCGACAGUGAAAAACAUCCCGUACCAGUCAGGACCAUUGCACGCGGUGGUAGAUGUGUAUGGAACCACUAAACAAGUUAGGAUUGUACAGUUAUAUGGAGUGUCCACUCUUCAGAAUGCUUGCAGAGACAUGAUCCUACAGGCAAUAGGGAAGUCCCAGGUCAGCUUCCUGCCGCUGCCUAACAAGAUCAAGAAGUUCCUGCGAUAUGAAUGUGAACUGUGAUACAACUUUCUAGAAAUGAGCCUUACUCUGAGGAAAUGGGGCUUAAUCCAUGUGCAUAAAGUACCAUCCCAUAUCAGCCUGUGCAGUCAGCACAGGCUUAUCAGGGAUGACACUUUCUGUCAAAACCGUUUUUUUAUCUAAGAAGAGACAUUUAAAGAAAAAAAACUUUCAAAGCAAGAAAGUGUUGUCACUGAUAAGCCUGUGCUAAAUGCACAGGCUAUUCUGGGCCGACACAUAAUGCGCGUGCAUUAAACCCUAUUUUCUCGGAAAAUAACUUUUAGCUGUCUAUGAGCCUAUAGAGUGUGCAAACCUUUGCAAGUGUGUGGACAGUGUGUCCAGAAUGGGUAACAGGGUUGUGUAAAAGUCUCCAUUGGAAAUACAUUUUGCCAAAAAAAAAAAUAUACAGUUUAAAUUUGGAGUUAAUUUCAGUUUUAUUGCACCAUGGUAUGCAAGAAAUUGUCUAUAUGUGUGUGUUUGUGUGCGUGAGUUGCAUGUCAGAUAAAUUCUUAUAAAUACUCUUAAAGAAAUUAUAAACAUAUUCUCUUUGGUGCAUUGAAAAUACAUAAAAUUCAUCAAGUUUUGAUUUGUUGUUUUUAAGCUUUUUUUUGAGCUUGAAAUCAUAGAUGUUUUGCUAUGAUUAAUUUAUAGCAGAUGUCAUACAACCAUGAACAAAUAACUGAUGAUUUACUAGGACUAAGUACAGCUACUGAAGUGUUAAAAAGUCUUUUUUAUCAAUUUUUAAAGUUCAAUAAACCUACUUAUUAUCUCCAUAUCUUAGCAUAGACAUAAAGCCAGAUGUUUUGAAUAUGAGCCAACAUUGUGCAAACAGGUGAAAUAGAUAUUUGGGAAUCUAUGACGUGUGAUGAGUUUAAAGGGAUCUUUUCACGCUUUGGUAAAUUGACAAAAUUGAAAAAAGUUGUUUCAGAUUCGUAAGUUUUCGUUUUAGUUAUGAUAUUUGUGAGGAAACAGUAAUACUGAACAUUAACCAUGCUCUAAUAUAGCCAUUAUAUGCAUCUUUUGAAUAUUUUAAAACCUAAAAGUUAUAAAGCGUUGCAACGCGAAACGAUUGAAUAAUUGGGAGAGUUCUGUUUUUGUUGUUAAAUUUUGUGAAACUACGAAGAUUGCUUAUAUAAGGUAUAAAAUACGGCUAAAUGUGUACUCGGCGGAAUAGCUCAGUAGGUUAAAGCGUUUUUACUUUAGGACUCUGGCAGGACUCCAUGGGUCACUGGUUCGAAACCUGCUUCGGGAAAUGUUCUUUUCCUUUUUUUAUUUUUUUUUCUUGAUUUUUCACUGGAGCUUUUAUGAUCCAAUGUUUACAUUUAUCAAUAUAAAGCAUUUAAUGAAUAAGUUAAAAAAAUGCCAAAAUCUGUGAAAAGGCCCCUUUAAAUGCUGUGAAUAUUUAAGAGGGUUGCUCAUAAGAUUGGUUGUUGAAUAACACUUGUUCAGCAUUAUAAUUACAUUGCCUGCUACAUGUAAUUGUCUGACAAUAAUCAUAAUUUCACAGUUAUGCAAAUAUGUAAUUGAUAAUAACUUUUUACUGCACUUGCCCAUUAUGGUAUUAGAUUUGCAAUCAUCAGCAGCAUGAGCACUUAUGAUGUAAGAAUUGAUACUUUCAAUUGAUGUUUAAUGAUUUUUUUUAGAUUGUUUCCACAUUGUUAUGUUCCUCUUUGCCAAAUAAAGCAUAUGGCAUUCAUCAAA